GUGUUAUGAAACGGGUUCGAGUCCGGACAGGACGUAGCGUGACGUGGACCCUGGUGCACUUUAUUCAUUCCGUGGGUUCGAUGCCGAGGAGGUGACGGAGCAGUUCGAGAUGCACCGACAGGUCCUGAGCCACCGGGGCGCCUCGGCCGUGGCUGCCCGGAGGCUGCGCUCCGUCCUGGGGUCAGUGCUGGGGAGAGACGCCUGGAUGGGGAGGACUCAUGAGGUCAAACUGAUCAACACAGCCGCAGGAGACACAGUCAAGAUCGGAGAAAUCUCCUACAAACUGAAAAUACCUCGGAAUCCAGAGCUUGUUCCUGUCAAACACAUUCUAGACUCUCUACCUCAGACAGUGGCUCAGCACCUACGCUGGAUCAUGCAGAAAGACCUUCUGGGACAGGACGUGUUUCUCAUCGGUCCCCCGGGACCCCUGAGACGAUCCAUAGCCAUGCAGUACCUUGAACUGACCAAACGGGAGGUGGAGUAUGUUGCUCUGUCCAGGGACACCACCGAGACGGACCUGAAGCAGAGGAGAGAGAUCCGCUCGGGGACGGCCUUCUACAUCGACCAGUGUGCUGUGAGGGCGGCCACACAGGGCCGGGUCCUGGUCCUGGAGGGGCUGGAGAAGGCCGAGAGGAACGUGCUCCCCGUUCUCAACAACCUGCUGGAGAACCGGGAGAUGCAGCUGGAGGACGGACGCUUCCUGAUGUCGUCCGAGCGCUACGACAAGCUGCUGCAGGAGCACACCAAAGAGGAGCUGGACGACUGGAAGAUCGUCCGUGUGAGUGAGGACUUUCGGGUCAUCGCUCUCGGUCUCCCGGUUCCCAAGUACAAGGGCAACCCGCUGGACCCUCCCCUCCGCUCCCGCUUCCAGGCCAGAGACAUCUACCACCUGCCGUUCAAAGACCAGUUGGAGAUGUUAUACACAGUGGGACCAAACAUCUCUGCAGAAAGAGUCUCCCAGCUGCUCUCCCUCGCCACCACGCUGUGCUCCCAGGAAUCCUCCGACCUGGGCCUGCCCGACUUCCCUGUGGACAACCUGCUCCCUGCCCUCCACGUGCUGAACGCCUUCCCCAUGUUGUCCUCCCAGCAGUUGGUCCAGAGACUUUACCCCUACACCAGUAUUCUGGGAAAGGAUGGCCGCAGCGCUGUAGAGGGCGUUCUCAGUAGAUUUGAGCUGCUGGAUGGUCGGCGUGUGCCAGCGCCUGGCGCCAUCGUGGGCGUGUCAGUGGCGAAGGAGACGGAGGGCCGCGCUGACGUCACGUUACGCAUCAAGGACAAAGACGUCACGUUUCAGGUUCCAGCCGGGACCAAAGAGCCACGCCCACCCAACAGCAGCCCCAACUUCAUCAGCACGCCGAGCCACGCCCAGCUGCUGGCUGAGAUGAUGCAGUCCCACAUGGUGAAGGACAUGUGUCUGAUAGGAGCCAAGGGUUGUGGUAAGUCAGUGCUGGCCAGAGAGUUUGCUGAGAUCCUGGGAUACAGCAUGGAACCAGUGAUGCUCUACCAGGACAUGACCGCCCGGGACCUCCUCCAGCAGAGGUGCACGCUCCCGAACGGCGACACGGCGUGGAGGCCGUCUCCGCUGGUCACGGCCGCCAUCGAGGGCAAGCUGCUGCUUCUGGACGGGAUCCACAGGGUGAACCUGGGAACCCUGGCUGUGCUGUCCAGGUUGUUGCACGACCGGGAGCUGGACCUGUAUGAUGGGACCAGGCUGCUGAGGUGGGACAGAUACCAGACUCUGAAGGAGGAACUGCAGCUCAGCGACGAGCAGCUGCAAGAGAGGUCCAUCCUGCCCGUCCACCCGUCCUUCAGGGUCCUGGCCCUGGCCGAGCCCCCCGUCCUGGGGGCGGCUGGGGGGGGCAGCGGAGCUCAGCAGUGGCUCGGCCCGGAGCUGCUCACCAUGUUCCUCUACCACAGUGUCACUCCACUGGCCAGAGCAGAGGAGAUGGGCCUCAUACAGGGACUGACGCCGAAUGUUCCAGCCGAGGCAGCGGAGCAGCUACUGCUCCUCACACACAGCCUGCGCAACACCAACGAUCCCACAGCCCAGUCUCUGGCCUCUUCUCUCUCCACCAGACAGCUGCUGAGGAUCUGUCGUCGUCUCUCUCAGUACCCGGAGGAGAGCGUCGCUCACGCAGUCAAUAAGGCCUGUCUCUCCAGGUUCCUGCCCAGCUUGGCCCGAGCCUCUCUUGAGAAGAGCCUCACCAACUGCUCCAUCCAGGACAAAGCAGAUCCUGCUGAACAAACUCAGGACUACAGCUGUGUGGUGAAGGACGGUGUGUUGACCAUCGGCAGCGUGUCCGCUCCCAUCUACAAACCCAGUGAGAAGAUGAAGGUUCCAGAUGUUCUCUUUUAUGAUAAUCCCCAGCACAUGAAGGUGAUGGAGGACAUGCUGAAGGACUUCCUGUUGGGGGAGCACCUCCUCCUGGUGGGCAACCAGGGAGUGGGUAAGAAUAAAAUCGUGGACCGGUUCCUGCAUCUGCUCAACAGGCCCAGAGAAUACCUGCAGCUCCACAGAGAUACAACCAUUCAGACUCUGACCCUGCAGCCCUCAGUCCGAGACGGCAUCAUCACGUAUGAGGACUCGCCCCUGGUGAAGGCCGUGAAGAUGGGUCACAUACUGGUGAUCGACGAGGCCGACAAAGCUCCAACAAACGUCACCUGCAUCCUGAAAACCCUGGUGGAGAGCGGAGAGAUGAUCCUGGCCGACGGACGCAGAAUCAUCUCAGAUCCAGGUGAAGCCGAGGGGAGGCCCAACCUCAUCGUGAUGCAUCCAGACUUCAGGAUGCUGGUGCUGGCUAACAGACCGGGCUUUCCUUUCCUGGGCAACGACUUCUAUGGAGCUCUGGGUGAUAUUUUCAGCUGCCAUGCUGUGGACAACCCGAAGCCUCAGGCCGAGCUGGCCAUGCUGAAGCGUUACGGCCCGGACGUUCCCGACGCCACGCUGCAGAAGCUGGUGGCGGCGUUCGGCGAGCUGAGGUCCAUGGCCGACCAGGGAACCAUCACGUACCCCUACUCCACCCGAGAGGUGGUCAACAUCGUCAAACACCUGCAGAGAUUCCCCGGUGAGGGUUUGGCCAACGUGGUGAGAAACGUCUUUGACUUCGACUCGUACAACAAAGACACUCGAGAGGUUCUGAUCGAAGCUCUGCACAAGCACGGGAUUCCCAUCGGAGCCAACCCCUCCUCCGUCAAGCUGGCCAAGGAGCUGCCGCUGCCGGAGCCUCAGAUGACCGGACACUGGACGAUCAACCAGGAAGGAAACGCUCGCCGCAAACUGCUCUGUCCCACGGAGACGCACCUCAUAGACAUCAAGGGUCCCGUGUUCCUGCGUGUGCAGAGUCACCCGUGCAACCGGCAGGAGAGUCGGGCGCUGAGCUUCACUGAGGAGAAAUCCCACUGGCAGAUUCCCAUGGAUGAGGUCAACAUCAUCUGUGACGUCGCCACCAGAGAUGAUGUUGUGUACGUGGCCACGUGCAACCCGGUGUCGCUCUUCUCCGCGAGCGAGCGCGGCGACGCCAUCCAGAGCGUGGAUCUGUACGACGUCUUCCCCAGAACCAUCAGCGGCGCCUGGCAGCCGUUUGUCACCAUCGCUCCUCUGGGGAGUCCCCUGGCCGGGCAGGUGGUGCUGCACGAGGAGCAGAGCAACACGGUGCUCCACGUGGACCUGGUGACGGGCGCCGUGCGGAGGCUGCUGCUGACUCCGGACGGGGAUCAACCCGCCGGCAAGGCGUCCAACUGGUGGAGCAGCAAGGAGCAGCAGGGAGGAUAUAAAAUGUGCCGCGAGUUCGCUCACAAAAACUGGCUUCUCUUCUACAAGGAGGAAGGGAACCAGCUGGAGGUGCUGGACGUGCUGGAGGGCCGGGUUCACUCCAUCUCCCUCCCCAUCAACCUGAGGUCCGUCUUCCUGGUGGCCGAGGACCGCUGGCUGCUGCUGGAGAGCAACACCAACAAGAAGUUCCUUCUGACCAAACCCAUGCACAUGGCAGCAGAGGAGUCCGGAGUGUGUCAGCUUCACAGCAUCAGUGAGGACCAGGCCGACUCGGGACACGGAGCCGGAUCAGCCGAUGUUUCCGUCCCACAGAUGCUGUCACGUGACCAGCUGCCCAACGAGAACCUCAGCGCCGCUCUGAACCAGAAGAUCGUUUCUCCAAACCGCCUGCUGGCCGACAGCGGCUCCUUCGCCCGGGUCGUCGUGGGCUUCCCAGACCUCAUGUCCCCUAACGAGGUGUACAGCUUCAAGAGGCCCGAGGAUCUGUCGGCGAUGAAGCGCAGCGACGGCGGGGGUCACAUGUUCCUGAGGGGCGGGCCUCAGGCCAGCGCGGCCAAACAGGUGAACUGCGUCAGUCUGCUCUCAGCCAAUCAGGUCGUCCGAGCCCUUCCGCCCAGCAAGGUGCCCCUGAGGGAGGUCUACCCCAAAGACGUCACCCCCCCGAUGACGGCGGCGUAUCUGGAGGUCACUGACCUGAACUCCAAGAAGGUCAAAUACAUCCCAGUGCCGAGGUCCAGGACGGUGUCUCCUUACACCAGCUGGUUGUCCAAAGUGUCCGAGUCGGACGUGGUCAUCGCCCCCCUCGGCUCUGGGGGCGUGGUCUCAGUGGACAUGGGCGGGUACGUGCGGCUGUGGGAGACGGGAUUGGACAGCCUGCAGCGGUCGCUCCUGGAAUGGAGAACUAUGAUUGGAACAGAGGACGGCCGGCCCAUACAGAUCACCGUCCAGAGGGAAAGCGGUCUGGAUGUCUCCGCCCCAAAACACGGCAAGAUCGAUGCCAACAACGACCCUCACGUGGGGGGGAACCAGUGGGCAGGAGGCACAGGUGGCAGAGACACGGCCGGUCUGGGUGGGAAGGGGGGGCCCUAUCGCCUGGACGCAGGACACAAGGUCCACCAGGUGUCCCAGGCCGAGAAGGACGCGGUUCCGGAGGACGUCCGUAAAGCGGCUCGUGAAAUGGCUGAGAAGGCGUUCAAAGAAAGGCUGAAGGAGAUCAACAUGAGUGAAUACGACGCUGCCACGUACAAACGCUUCUCGGGCGCCGUCAUGAGGCAGGUCCAAUCCCUGAGGAGCGUCCUGGACAGUCUGCAGGCGAAAGGGAAGGAGCGACAGUGGCUGAAGAACCAGGCUCUGGGAGAACUGGACGAUGCUAAAAUCAUCGAUGGACUCACUGGAGAGAAGUCGAUCUAUAAACGCAGAGGAGAGCUGGAACCAGAGCUGGGCAGCCCGCAGCAGAAGCCCAAGCGGCUGCGGGUGUUGGUCGACGUGUCGGGCAGCAUGUACCGCUUCAACGGCGUGGACGGCCGGCUGGAGCGCUCCAUGGAGGCCGUGUGCAUGGUGAUGGAGGCGCUGGAGAGCUACGAGCACAAGUUCAAGUACGACAUCGUGGGUCACUCGGGCGACGGCUUCGACAUCGAGCUGGUCCGAGUGGACAAGGUCCCGAAGGACAACAAGCAGAGACUCCAGGUCCUCAAGACCAUGCACGCCCACGCCCAGUUCUGCAUGAGCGGCGACCACACGCUGGAGGGCACGGACGCCAGCAUCAAGCAGCUGGCGAGAGAAGAGGCUGACGAGCGCUUCGUGGUCGUUCUGAGCGACGCCAACCUGGAGCGCUACGGCAUCCGGCCCGAGCUCUUCGCCCAGGUGCUGACCUCUGACCCGCAGGUCAACGCCUUCGCCAUCUUCAUCGGGUCCCUCGGGGAUCAGGCUGAAAGACUCCAGAAGACGCUUCCUGCCGGGAGAUCCUUCGUUGCCAUGGAUACGAAGCAGAUCCCACAGAUCCUGCAGCAGAUCUUCACCUCCACCAUGUUGUCCAGCGCCUGAGACCAACACACACUCACUGCUCUGAGGACCAACACACACUCACUGCUCUGAGGACCAACACACACUCACUGCUCUGAGGAACAACACACACUCACUGCUCUGAGGAACAACACACACUCACUGCUCUGAGGAACAACACACACUCACUGCUCUGAGGACCAACACACACUCAAACUCUACAGUUUAUCAUGAAACCUGUCGGACUUGGACUCUUUUCACGAUGUGUCCUUAUCACCGGUUGUGUUUAUGUGUCGUCAGGUUGUGUAGAGGCUGAUGUGUGCGUGUGACAGCUGAGGAGUUGUGUAGCUGCUUUGUCGCCUCGGGGUCGAGACGUGCUCCUGAGAGGCGACUGAGUGAUGUCACCAGCGUCUGGACCCGCCCUCAGGCCUCAUACGGGGGGGGGGGGUCAAACACGCAGCCUCAGCUACUGUUGUGUUUCAUUGUGUUCCAGUGACGCACACGUGCACGUCCGUCUUUGUCCUUGCUCGGGGGGGUGAACUUGAGACGGCCUCUCUCUCUCUGGACUUCCUGCUCGUUUAUCGCUCAGGAGGAUAAACAGUCGCACACUGACACUCGCACGGUGACAACAACUCGGCUCCUGAGGAAUGUCGGGACUGUGACCAGGGAAUUUCCCACCUGACUGCACACGCUCUGUACAGGCAGCAUUGCACAACCCCACAGUGUGUGUGUGUGUGUCUGUGUGUGUGUGUGUGUGUGUGUGUGUGUGCUAGUUCUUACAUCUCAGAUCGCCUUUCUUUGCCAGACCUCCAAAACACACACACACACACACACUAGUAGCAGAAUCUAGAGUGUGUAUUUACUGUAGCUGUGUAUGUGAGGAUCUUCGGUUCACACACACACACACACACACAAACACACACACACACACUUCUCAGUAUCAGUUUAUUUUACAGAUGUUGUGUUUGUCAGAUUUAUUUGAAGCUGUCAAUAACUUUUAUGUUUCCAGUGAAACUAUGUGAAGAAGUUUCAUGGGAAGUGUUUUUUGUGUAACGCUGCAAACAGACAAACCACAAGACGUGAAAUCACAACCUCUUCAAUUUAUUACAAAGAUUGAUUAAUAAAAAAUAAAAUAUGUAUUUAACUGGUGGUGUCUGUGGAAAUGGGGAAAAUGUGUGUAACUGCUGUAAAAUGACAGUUCAACCAACAAGAGGCAUAAACAUCAAUAAAGUCAAAAUAUAUUCAGAUCAACAAACUGGUCUUUGACUGAAAUGCCAGUGAAGUAAAAUCCCAGCUGAUUUAAAGGGAACAUGAAGAGAAGGUUUCCAGGAGAGAAGAGUCUCAGAUCCUCUCUGGUGCAGUGACUUCCUGCUCAGACCUCCUGCUGUGAGUCUGAACUGUGCCACAUGUUCCCAGAGUUCCCAGAGUUCCCAGUAACACACGAGUUCUGUCUGACGCUGAGCGGAUCAAUAACAAAUCAUCAGUCUAUUGAUCCGUCCUCGUUUUUAAUAACCUACUUUCAACCUCCUGCUGAUUCACCAGAGGAAUGAAAGUCACUCAAAUUUCACGCCGAGGGAUUUAACAUAAUAUUAUUUUAUUUAAUUGUUCAUUGUUAUUAAUGUAUGAGAAAUAAAUUGGAAACCUAAUGUACAAACUUUUAAUAAAUCAUUUAAUCG